CUAGGGUUCGGACGCCGUCCGGGAUUCGGGUACCUCAGACCUGCGGUUCAGAGGGGAUCGCGAGGAGGCGGCCGCUAGGCCGAGCGUUGGUGGAGGGGCGACUGUGCGCGGCCCCAAGACAUGGCUCACAACAAGAUCCCGCCGCGGUGGCUAAACUGUCCGCGGCGCGGCCAGCCGGUGGCAGGAAGAUUCUUACCUCUGAAAACAAUGUUAGGACCAAGAUAUGACAGUCAAGUUGCUGAAGAAAAUCGAUUCCAUCCUAGUAUGCUUUCAAAUUAUCUGAAGAGUCUGAAGGUUAAAAUGGGCUUGUUGGUAGACCUGACAAAUACUUCAAGAUUCUAUGACAGAAAUGACAUAGAAAAAGAAGGAAUCAAAUAUAUAAAACUUCAGUGUAAAGGACAUGGCGAGUGCCCUACAACGGAGAAUACUGAGACAUUUAUUCGUCUGUGUGAGCGGUUUAAUGAAAGAAACCCACCUGAACUUAUUGGUGUUCAUUGUACCCAUGGUUUCAAUCGCACUGGUUUCCUCAUAUGUGCCUUCUUGGUGGAGAAAAUGGAUUGGAGUAUUGAAGCAGCAGUUGCUACUUUUGCUCAAGCCAGACCACCAGGAAUUUAUAAGGGUGAUUACUUGAAAGAACUUUUUCGUCGCUAUGGUGAUAUAGAGGAAGCACCACCCCCACCUCUAUUGCCAGAUUGGUGUUUUGAGGAUGAUGAAGAUGAAGAUGAGGACGAGGAUGGAAAAAAGGAAUCAGAACCUGGGUCAAGCGCCUCCUUUGGUAAAAGGAGAAAAGAACGUUUAAAAUUGGGUGCUAUUUUUUUGGAGGGUGUAACUGUUAAAGGUGUAACUCAAGUAACAACUCAGCCAAAGUUAGGAGAGGUACAGCAGAAGUGUCAUCAGUUCUGUGGCUGGGAAGGGUCUGGAUUCCCUGGAGCACAGCCUGUUUCCAUGGACAAGCAAAACAUUAAACUUUUGGAGCAGAAGCCAUAUAAAGUAAGCUGGAAAGCAGAUGGUACUCGGUAUAUGAUGUUGAUUGAUGGCACAAAUGAAGUUUUUAUGGUUGAUAGAGAUAAUUCAGUGUUUCAUGUUUCAAAUCUGGAAUUUCCAUUUCGUAAAGACCUCCGUAUGCAUUUAUCAAAUACUCUGUUAGAUGGGGAAAUGAUUAUUGACAGAGUUAAUGGACAGGCCGUUCCUAGAUACUUAAUAUAUGACAUAAUUAAAUUCAAUGCACAGCCGGUUGGAGAUUGUGAUUUUAAUAUUCGUCUGCAGUGUAUAGAAAGAGAAAUAAUAAAUCCUCGACAUGAAAAAAUGAAGACAGGGCUCAUUGACAAAACACAGGAACCAUUCAGUGUCAGACAUAAGCCAUUUUUUGACAUCUAUGCUUCAAGAAAGCUACUUGAAGGAAAUUUUGCCAAAGAAGUCAGCCAUGAAAUGGAUGGACUUAUUUUCCAGCCCACUGGAAAAUACAAACCUGGUCGAUGUGAUGAUAUUUUGAAAUGGAAGCCUCCCAGUCUGAAUUCUGUGGAUUUUCGCCUAAAAAUAACAAGAAUGGGAGGAGAAGGGUUGCUUCCUCAGAACAUUGGCCUUCUCUAUGUUGGAGGUUAUGAAAGACCCUUUGCACAAAUCAAGGUGACAAAAGAGCUAAAACAGUAUGACAACAAAAUUAUAGAAUGCAAAUUCGAGAACAACAGCUGGGUCUUUAUGAGACAGAGAACAGAUAAAAGUUUUCCUAAUGCCUACAACACUGCCAUGGCUGUGUGCAAUAGUAUCUCCAACCCUGUCACCAAGGAGAUGCUCUUCGAGUUCAUUGACAGAUGUGCAGCAGCUUCUCAAGGACAGAAGCGAAAGCAUCAUCCAGACCCAGACACAGAGCUCAUGCCUCCACCACCUCCCAAAAGACCUUUGACCUAAAGACCUGCCUCUGACUUCAGGACUGAGAGGAAAGAUGAGUGAGAAAAAAUGCUGUUGUCCCAUUUUUUGCAACCAGAGAAAUUUAAAAAAAAAAAGUGUGGCUUGAUGUUGAUACACAUUUGACUUUAAAAAAAAAAAGUAUUGUAGCCAGUCUGUAAAUAUUUGAUGUUUUUGUUUCCUCAGUGCUACAGUACAUCAUGGACUUAAACAUUUUAUUUAUAUCUGAUAAACUCAGCCUUACCUUGUGGAAUCUGAAGAUUGAAAUAUCUAAAGGUUUAAAUGAGAUCAAAAUCAAUGAAAAAGAGGCCUUGUUUAUAUAUGGAUAACUUUUGCUUUAAUUUAUAAAGUUAGCAAUCUGGAACUGUGAGUGCAUAGAACAUUGUCUUUUUUAGAGGUUAUAUUUCAACUAUGAUAGAUUUUCCUUUUAAAACAUUUAGGCAAUGGCAUUAAACAUUCUUGCUAUUAUUUAUCAUGG